GGGGUCCCCGCAGCCGCCGCCCCCCGCCCGCCGCGGUUCAAGUGUGGCCUCCCCCGGCCCUGCCCCCCUGGGCACUUCGCCUUCCGCCUGCUCAGCGGCGCCGCCAACGUCAUCGGCCCCAAGAUCUGCCUGGAGGACCGCCUCCUAAUGAGCAGUGUCCAGAACAAUGUGGGCCGGGGGCUCAACAUUGCCCUCGUUAAUGGGGUCAGCGGGGAGCUGAUUGCAGCCCAGGCCUUUGACAUGUGGGCAGGAGACUCAGAGGAGCUGCUGCGGUUUCUGCGCCCCCUGCACGAGGGGACCCUGGUCCUGGUGGCCUCCUACGACGACCCUGCCACCAAGCUGACAGAGGAGAGCCGCAGGAUUUUCGGGGAGCUGGGCAGCACCGUGGCAAAGGAUUUGGGGUUCAGGGACUCCUGGGUGUUCCUGGGGGCCAAGGGGGUGCAGGACAAGAGCCCCUUCGAGCAGCACGUCCGCAACAGUCGCAGCUCCAACAAGUACGAGGGCUGGCCGCAGGCGCUGGAGCUGGAGGGCUGCGUCCCCCGCAGGACCCCCGACCCUCGCUGACCCCCCGGGGGGGGGG